AGGCUGCGGACGUUGGACCUUGGGCACAACUCCUUAAGCGGUCGAGUGGCUGAUGAUCUUCCCACCAGCUUGGAGCGGUUGGACCUGAGCCACAACCGCUUCACAGGCCAUUUAGCUGAAAUCGUCAAGCGCUUGUGCAACGCGAGCCCAAUGGGAGGUUCAUUGCGAGAGCUCCGUCUCAGCCACAAUCGCUUCACAGGUGAGAUGCCCGAGUGUUUGCUGAACUUUAGCAGUUUGAAGCACCUCUCACUGAACAACAACGCUCUACAGGGUACCGUCCCAGCCCUUCCGGCUGAGAGCAAACUGGUCGUGUUGGCACUGCAUCGGAAUGGUUUCACGGGUGCACUCUCAACUUCCUGGCACGUACAACACCUUGCCGUGCUCACCUUGCAUGAAAAUUCUUUCGACGGAACUAUUUCAGAGUUGAACCUCACCUCCCCAUGCCUGGACAAUCCGGAAUUCAUCAUCCGUGGAAGCAACUGCAACGUGAUCCGCAACACUCUGGAGGGCAGCCCUUGUGAACGCUUGCACUAUUCUUUGGGUUUGGAGGAAGUCGAAGCCAUCCUGCAGAACUGCCCCGACCUGUGUGGCACUUGUGUGCGACAGUCUUCCAGGGCCACCUUUCAUCACAACCGUUUUUCCUGUGGAGUCCCAAAGAGCAUCAGCGCGGUUGACACCAAAGCCACGGCCGUCAUGGGUAACAUGCUGGGCCACGGCCAAGCAUUGAAUGCCCCAUGGAUUGCUGCAGAGGAAAACCAGGCCUUCCUAUAUUAUUCACCGAAGAUUUGGAGCGCCAACCUUUUGAUCCUGGGCACCAUCUCCGUCCUGGUUUUGGCGGCUUUGAUCCUCCACCAACCGCUGCAUCGCCGACUGCGCGAGGCCUCCCGCAGCAUGGCUGCUGCGGCCGACGCCUCUAAAGUGGCAGCCGCAAACUUGGCACUGCUAAAGAUCGCCGCGGGCACGACGCUACUGGCAGGUCCUCUGCUGAUCUUCUUCGUAGUGGGCACAGGCUAUUACACUUGCAGCCCGCCGUUGUCCCAGAUGACCAUGGCCAACCUUCAGGAAGUUCACUGGACACAGUGUGGAGUCGUUCUGGCUUGGUGCCUCAUGACGCUGCUCUUUCGUAGCGUCCUUCCCAGCAUGCCGAAGAACACCAGUACUGACAGGAAUGGUGGCAGUCUGAAGGAGCAGUUGAGGAAGAUCCUUGUGUGGCUUUGUUGGUGCUUCAUGGUGGCAACUCUGUCCCUCCCAUCAAUUCUCUUUGCUGUGGCACAGGCAUUGCCGGCUAAGAAUACUUCGGGUCUUAGCCAGAAGGUGCUGAGUUUCAUCCAUCGCAUGGCUCCAUUCCUGAUGGUGCUCAUCGAUAUGGUGCUGACGGGUCCACUCUGCACAAAAUACGCUGGCAGAAGUGGUAUCAAGGCUGACCGCUUGCUGAUGACUUUUCGUCUGGCUUCAGCAUGGCUGCUUUCCCUAUUGACCACCAUCUUCUUGCAUGAGAACUGCUUGGGCGGUUGGAAGUAUUUCUGGAUCGUAUGCAAAGAAGGUGCGCCAGAACAUCAAAACUUCAAUUGGCAAAUCUGGGGCGAAGAGAUUUUGAACACCAAAAGAGACAUGUGCAACUUCAGUGACAACUGGUGGAUGGACGGACGUUGCAGCCGUGCCAUUGUGGACGGUUUGGCACCGCUCCUUCUGAAGAAGUUGUUGCUGCGGAGUACUUUGCAGCCCUUAGUCUUGCUGUUGGUUUGGCGAUUCGGUAAACCGGAAUCAACUGACCCUGCGAGUGAAGAAGGGCGGCAUUUGAAGCUUUGGGGCCGCGGGCCCAAGAUCACAGGUUCCUUGGUGCCGUUGCAGCAAAUGGCCUUGCUGACAACCUACCUGGAGACUUUAUUCUUCUGGAGUCCACUCAUCCCCUUGCUGAGUUUGGUCAUCCUCGGGACUGUGGCUGCGAAUCUCUUCCUCUUCGAUGUGGGUGUCUGGAACUUCAACGUUCGAGUUCCGUCGGAUGCCAUGAACCACAGCGCAGCAUUAUCCAGGUCAUAUUUGAAGUUGGCACUUGGAGCCAGCUGUUGCUUUCAGCUAUGGCAUGCCUUCAGCACGAAGAUGUUUGGACGCUACGUGCUCCUGGCAGUCUAUGUGACUCUGCUCAGCCCAUGGGCUUCGCGAAUCCUGCCCUUGGCCAGGGCAAGGCGCUGGUUUUGGAGCGAUUUGGAUCGUGCCAGUGAGAAUGAGUUCAUCCAGAUGGCCAUCGAGUUGGAACUCAUGGGUUGAGCUCGGCAUCAAAA